GAUAGCUUUUCAGUAUCUGUUAGAAAUAGAAGUGUGUGUAGAACACUGUUACACUCCACACAGUCAUUGGCUGCACACUCUAGUGACCUAUUUAUAACUGUACCAAAUUGGCCACAGCAGAGAAGGUGACCUUAGUUACAAAAUAGCAGCUUACAUUGUUUUAUAGACACUAAAACAUUACACUUAUUUUUUCAAUAUUCAAACAGUUAAAGGGACAGUCAACACCAGAAUUUUUGUUGUUUAAAAAGAAAGAUAAUCCCUUUAUUACCCAUUCCCCAGUUUUGCAUAUCCAACACAGUAGUUAUAAUAAUACACGUUUUACCUCUGUAAUUAUCUUGUAUCUAAGUCUCUGCUGACUGCCCCCUUAUUUCAGUUCUUUUAAAAGACAUGCAGUUUAGACAAUCAGUGCUCACUCCUAGGUUACUUUACGUGCAUGAGCUCAAUGUUAUCUAUAUGAAACAUGUGAACUAAUGCCCUCUAGUGGUCAAAAUGUAUUCAGAUUAGAGGCAGUCUUCAAGGUCUAAGAAAUCAGCAUAUGAACCUCCUAGGUUUAGCUUUCAACUAAGAAUACCAAGAGAACAAAGCAAAAUUGGUGAUAAAAGUAAAUUGGGAAGUUGUUUAAAAUUGCAUGCCCUAUUUAAAUCAUGAAAGUUUUUUUUGGACUUGACUGUCCCUUUAAUGAAAAACUUUUAAAAAAAAUACAUCUACAUGUUAUUCUCAGACUAAUCUUUUCUUUGAAUGCAUUAUUCUACUAGCACUUAUUUAGUGUUUAAUGUCUUUUUAAGCAACAGCUUAAUCUUACAGAUCCAAGAUUAUCUUGAUAACACCAGCCACAAAGCAUCUGCAUGCUACUACACCUUCUGCUGAAUAUAACCCUGUCUUAAGUCCACAUGAAAUGAUUGUGUAUGUGUGCGCAUGUGAGUAUUUUAGAAAUACUGCCAACAACCCUUAUGUAAAACUCUUCACACGAUCAAUUAUAAUCUACAAAUUACACACUAUGUAGCAGGUAACACAAAGCCUUUGUGGGCAGGAAUUCUGUAAACUACCUUCAGGACAGUAAGAUGCCAGAGCAUUAUGUUUGUAUAAUUGUCACAUUGUCACAUCAAGGCCUAGGGGCCGAUUUAUCAAAUGACGGGCGGACAUGAUUUGCUGUAGCGAAUCAUGUCCGCCCGGCAUCUCUGAAUGUGACAGCAUAUGCUGUCGGCAUUUAUCAUUUCACAAGCAUUUCUGGUGAAAUGCUUGUGUAAUGUCAGCCCCUGCAUAUUCGCGGACAAUCGGUUGCUAGUAGGGGGUGUCAAUCAACCAGAUCGAUAAUUGGCGGACGAGUUAAGGAGCAGCGGUGAGCCGGAAACAUUGCGUGAGGAAAGCAGCAUCCGCUACUUAAUAAAUCUACCCCCUAGUCUUUAUAAGGACAAUACUAAAUCAAUAAAAAGAUUUGCAAGCAUUAGGGUUUAAUCAGAGGAAAACAUUUGUUAAUAUGUUUUUUUCUGUUUCUAGUACUGACAAUGAGUGAGAAAACAGAAAAAUUAUUCACAUCAAAGAACAAAGAAGGGCAAGAGGAAGGGAAGACAGAAACUACCAAGGAAGACUAUCCCAAAGCACAGAAACAGUUGCAGAUUGAGCGGCAGCUGAAAUGUUUAGCCUUUCAGAACCCGGGGCCCCAAGUAGCAGAUUUCAACCCUGAAACCAGAAAACAGAAAAAGAAAGUUUACAUGUCUCAAAUGAAUGGCUAUUACUCUACAAGCAAGGUGUCACUGAAGAAGUAUGACAAGCAAGGCAAACUCCUCUGCAAUAAGCGAGAUCUGUGUGACUGCCUGGAGGAGGAAUGUCAAGGAUGCUUCUAUCCAUGCCCCAAAUGCAGCUCCAAAAAGUGUGGACCUGAAUGCCGCUGUAACCGAAAAUGGGUUUAUGACAGAAUACAGACUGAAUCCGGGGAUGUAAUUAGCAAGAUGCCGUUUGCUAUUCCUGAUUAAUGCCGCACAGGAACUGCCCAGCUGAAGUAAAUGUGUGUUUAAUUUUA